GAUAUAACUCGAUACUACGAUACCUCAUCCGCGUCCGGAGGUGCCGCUCAUUUCGAAUUCCGCUUUUGAUCUGCUCGGUUGUGUUUUUGGCCUUUUCGAAAAAUAGCCUUUGGUGUCGUCGGAAAAGCGGCAAGCCGGGAACCGAACCGUCGUCGGAGUGCGGAAAAACACAAGUCAAUACGAUCUAUAUGUAUAUGUAUAGUGCCAGUGAGCUGCCAAGCGAAAGAUAGCGAGCGAUUUCCACAAAUCGAAUUUGGCAGUUUUUUGAAAAUAAAUUGAAAAGUGCUAGAACCAGGAAUAAAUUAUCCAAGAUCACAGUGUUUUCAAAAAUCGAGAAACGUCAGCCGUUAGUUCUCCUCCGAUAGCCUUUGGCGCGAGAAGCUAGAAGCUAAAAGCGAGAAAGGGGCACAGAGUCACAUAAAAAUAAAAUAUAAAAGUUUAAGUUUCGCGUACUUAAAAAUAAACACCGAAAUGUGGCGCGUGCACGUGUAGAUUGCAAAAAGAAAUAGAAGGAAAAACAACAAAAAGCUCAAGAUGCGAAAAGCGAAUAGCCAAACCAUGUGCGACAAAUAAUCGCGGCCAGCGGCUACAAGUUACCAAAAAAAAAUCAAAUAAAAUAAACAAUUUGAGUAGUUGCUGCACACACACACACACACACACACACACACGUGGAUUACUACACUUAAAGCGACACUCAUCUCAACUUCACAUCAUCCACCUCCAGAAAUCAAUAAACAUGCAUUGGAUUAAAUGUUUAUUAACAGCAUUCAUUUGCUUCACAGUCAUCGUGCAGGUUCACAGUUCCGGCAACUUCGAGUUGCGACUGAAGUACUUCAGCAACGAGCAUGGCCGCGACCACGAGGGACGCUGCUGCAGCGGGGAGACGGACGCGGCGACGGGCAAGUGCCUCGGUAGCUGCAAGACGCGGUUUCGCGUCUGCCUUAAACACUACCAGGCCACCAUCGACACCACCUCGCCGUGCACCUAUGGGGACGUGGUGACGCCCAUCCUUGGCGAGAACUCGGUCAACCUGACCGACGCCAAGCGGUUGGAGAACAAGGGCUUCUCCAACCCCAUCCAGUUCAGCUUCCAGUUCUCCUGGCCGGGCACCUUCUCGAUGAUCGUCGAAGCCUGGCACGACACAAACCUGACCGCCAAUGCGCGAUCAAAAAGCAAGCUCAUCCACCGGCUGUUGGUGCAGCAGGUACUGGAGGUGUCCUCCGACUGGAAGUCCAACAAAUCGGAGUCGCAGUUUACCUCGAUGGAGUACGAUUUCCGUGUCACCUGCGACUCAAACUACUACGGAUCCGGCUGUGCGAAAUUCUGCCGGCCCCGCGACGACUCAUUCGGCCACUCCACCUGCUCGGAGACGGGCGAAAUUAUCUGUCUGACCGGAUGGCAGGGCGAUUACUGUCACAUACCGAAAUGCGCCAAGGGCUGUGAGCAUGGACACUGCGAGAAACCCAACCAAUGCGUUUGCCAGCUGGGAUGGAAGGGAGCUCUGUGCAACGAAUGCGUCAUUGAACCAAACUGCAUCCACGGAACCUGCAACAAGCCCUGGACCUGCAUCUGCAACGAGGGCUGGGGCGGUCUCUACUGCAACCAGGACCUCAACUACUGCACAAAUCACAGGCCCUGCAAGAACGGCGGCACCUGCUUCAACACCGGCGAAGGACUGUACACCUGCAAGUGUGCCCCCGGAUUCGUGGGCGACGACUGCGAACGGGAGAUCUACUCGUGCGACGCCGAGGUCAAUCCCUGCCAGAACGGCGGCACCUGCGUAGAUGAGCCACCGACGAAAAACGGCUACAAGUGUCACUGCCCCAACGGCUGGAGCGGCAGGAUGUGCGAGGAGAAAGUCCUGACCUGCGCGGAUAAACCCUGCCAGAAGGGCAUCUGCCGGAAUGUGCGACCGGGCCUGGGCGGCAAGGGUCAGGGAUACCAGUGCGAGUGUCCCGUCGGCUACAGCGGACCCACCUGCGAACUCCAGCUGGACAACUGCAGUCCGAAUCCCUGCCAGAACGGAGGAACCUGCCAAGCUAAUGGAAAGUGCGUGUGUCCGGUGGGAUUUUCGGGUCCCAAGUGCGAAACCAAUAUUGACGACUGUCUGGGCCAUGAGUGCGAGAACGGAGGCACCUGCAUCGACAUGGUCAACCAGUACCGCUGCCAAUGUGUUCCCGGAUUCCACGGCACUCACUGCAGCAGCAAAGUGGAUCUCUGCCUGAUCAGACCCUGUGCCAACGGAGGAACCUGCACGAACCUGAACAACGACUACCAGUGCACCUGUCGGGCCGGCUUCACUGGCAAGGACUGUUCCGUGGACAUUGACGAGUGCAGCAGCUCCCCCUGCCACAACGGAGGAACCUGCAUGAACCGGGUCAACUCCUUCGAGUGCGUCUGCGCCAAUGGCUUCCGCGGAGAACAGUGCGACGAGGAGUCCUACGCCUCUGUCAGCUUCGGCGCCCAUCAGUACGGAGCCACCCACCAAGCAAGGGCCGAUGGUCUGACCAACGCCCAGGUGGUUCUGAUAGCCGUCUUCUCGGUGGCCAUGCCUCUGGUGGCCGUGAUCGCCGCCUGUGUGGUGUUCUGCAUGAAGCGGAAGCGCAAGCGCGCCCAGGAGAAGGACGACGCGGAAGCCCGGAAGCAGAACGAACAGAACGCGGUGGCCACUCUGCAUCACAAUGGCAGCGGAGUGGGCGUGGCUCUCGCCUCAUCAUCUCUGGGCGGCAAGACAGGCAGCAGCGGCGGCCUCACCUUCGAUUCCGGCAAUCCCAACAUCAUCAAAAACACGUGGGACAAGUCUGUGAACAACAUCUGCGCCUCGGCUGCUGCGGCAGCGGCGGCGGCAGCUGCGGCGGACGAAUGCCUGAUGUACGGCGGAUACGUGGCCAAUCCGGCGGACAACAACAAUGCCAACUCGGAUUUUUGUGUGGCUCCCCUGCAGCGGGCUAAGUCCCAGAAGCAGCUCAACACAGAUCCCACGCUGAUGCACCGCACCUCACCCGCCGGCAGCUCCUCGAAGGGCGCUCCGGGAGCAGCGGAGGGCAAGCGGAUCUCCGUGCUCGGCGAGGGAUCCUACUGCAGCCAGCGUUGGCCAUCCCUGGCGGCGGCUGGAGUGGCGGGAGCCUGCUCCACGCAACUGAUGGCCGCCGCCUCGGCGACGGGCAGCGGAGCGGGGACGGCGCAACAACAGCGGUCCGUCGUCUGCGGAACUCCGCACAUGUAACUCCCCAAAACCGGAGGAGAUCUCGAGAAUCUGUUGAAGCUAACAGCACACACACAAAGAAAAGACUGGGUUGGGUUCGAAAUGUGAGAGAGACGCCAAAAUAUUGUUGUUGAUUGAAGCAGUUUUAGUCGUCAAAAAAAAAGCAAAAAAGAAAAGAUAAAUCUGUAACAAGCAUAACUCGUGAAAUUCCCUGAAAAUUUUACAAUAACUACCAAAUCUGUAACCAAAGCCGUUUCGACAAUAUUGAAAAUAUUUUUUAAAGAUUUUAUAAUUGCAUUGGCAUUUUUUAAACCAAACCUACAAUAUGUCCCAACUGGCCAAUGGUAACAGAUUUCGUAACCUUGGACACAAAUCCAAAGGACUGACGUAAGCACAAAGUAAUACACUAUAAAGUCUGCCCUAAGAAAAAUCAAAAAACUUAUUGUUUCGGGCCCCCAAAUACCACUCUAAAAACUACUUGACCAAUUGCUAGAUAGAAUUUAGAUCAAGACCAAGAACCAAACUGGACGACAGAGUCAGAGGGAUGACUCUGCACACGUUUUGACGUUUUGCAUGUUACUGAAAAAUCUGCUUCAAUUUAAUCUAUUUUUUUCACUUAGUUCGAUAUGAAUUGUAAAUAGUAAUGGUAGCCUACAUUAGCCUACGCUCGACUAAAUGUAAUCUAAUGCUAAAUGAUUGAAAAGAAACCUCCUCAUUGACGCCGCACCGCACGGGACUGCUUUUCUAUGCAAGGCAGUUGUCCGGAUCGGGCGAUUUGUAUAUAGUACUUAUAGGUCACAUCGAUAUACGACAAGGAUAAGAGAAAAACAUGAAAAGCCACACAAAAAAACUACAUAAAUUGACUAUCUCGACUAUUUAGUUCUAACUAUGUAUUUGUAAAUGUAGCGAAUCGAAGAAGCCCUAAACUUAACUCGACCCUAGCUUAAUGUUAAUUUAAAAGACCCUAAAAACAAACAAACAAACAAACGAAGACAAGCAAAAAAUUUAGUGAUUCUAUUUUAAGUACUUCUAAUUUACUACCCUAUCCAAAAUUAUUUUUUUUCUCCCGAUUUUUAAUCUUUUUAUUUUUAUUAUAAUUUUUUAUUAUUGUCAAUCUUAAACCUCUAUAAUAUUUUUUGGCCUAUUCCAUUUGGAGCAUUUAUCAGCGAUGAAGUCAAUAAUACUUGUAGUUAGCAGCUAAAUGUAAACGAAAUGUAUUGAAUUUAUAAAUUGUAAGAAAGAAAGAAAAAAAAUUAUGAAAAUUUGAAUAUUCAUUGAACAAAAAAAAAAAAACAAAAAUGAUACAAAAACUAAGUAAAAAAUGAAUGAAAUAUACAAGCGAUUAUACAAACAAAAACCUAUGAAAUUUCGUGUUCUUUCAAAGUCUCCAAUAGUCUUAUAAUUAUUAUUUUUGUUAUUAUGCAAAAAGGUUUAUACAAUUUAAUUUUGAUCUCAAAGCCGAAGACAACAAGACAAUGUGCAGCACGAAAAACGCAAAAACUGUUUGCGGAAUUCCAGAAUGUCAAAAUUAAAUCCACAAAACUACGUUUAAAUUGCAAAUGGUUCCUCGUUAGUGUAAACAAGUGAAAACUAGUUGUAAAAGUGCUAAACAAACACACUGUGCAGCAAAUAAUCUGAUAACUCGAACACAGUAUAUAUAUUUUUAUACAUUUGCUAUCACAGUUCUCUCAUCCAACUUGUACAUAAAGUUCUCCGAUCCUGUAAACUGCUCUCAUACAGGACUUAAGCUAUAGCCACUCACAUAUAUUUUUUAUAAAUAUUUAAUUUUUAAAUAGUCGUUUUUAGUAAUUUAUAUUUUUAUUGCAAACGAAAACCCGAAAAAAAUGAAACAAAAAAAUUAGAAAGCACUCGCAAAAAGAUUGUAAAAAGUAAAGGACCCUACAAAAUAUUUAUAUGAAAGAAAAGAAAAUGAAAAAAAAAAAAACAUAAAAUAGUAGUUACAUGCAUACAAUUGUAAUUUAGUGUUGUACUUACAAUUUAGUCUAAACAAUUUUAUGAAAUUUUUUAGUAAUUAAAAAAUGAAUUCAAAACACAAAGCAAACAAAAAAGCCACAAAAAAAACGAACAAGCAAAAAAUGCAAAGAAAAAACUAAAAAAAAAAACAAUAAAAAAUUUUUAUGAAUGAAUUAUAAAUGAAAAUGUUUUCUAUUUGGUUGGGAAAGUUGGGAAAAUCAUGGAUAAUUUCAGCUAUUAAAAGUGCGUUAAAAGUCGAUUGAAAGCUGGCUAUAAGGAAGUUUAUAUAUACACAAUUAGCCAAAUAUAUAUUGGCUAAAAAGCAAAUGCAAAAUCAAGGAAUUUGUCUUGGCUGUAAAAUGGCAUUUUAAUUGCAAAAAUGCCAAAAAAAAAAAAUAAACUAACAACAAAAGUUAUUUAUGGCAGUUUUAGUGCCAACAUAGCCACAAAAAUAAAGUCUAAAAGUCAGAAAAUAUUAAAAAUUUAAUGCCUUAGUUGUCUUUUUGUUCUUUGAUUUGUGCUAACUUUGGAAGAGGCCACUGUGGAACCUGACUAUGAUGUUCCUAAAAUAGUAAAGCAAAAAGUUAACUUUGUUCUUAUCCGGCUAGAUGUUACCUAACUCCCAUAAAUCCCAAUCAGAAAAUGUGUUACUUUGUAACAAAAACAUAAGUUGCAUAAAAUGCAACCACUGUGCUGCAUCCAAAGCAAAGAUUACAACAAAUCACACUCUCUCACAACACACCGCAAAAUCGGUGAGGAGGGCAACAGAGCAUUAACAAUAAAUUCUUGCAUGCCAUUGUGAAAUUCUCACAAUAAUCAUAAAUAAUAGUUUAUUUCUACUUUUUAAACGGCCGGACCGAGAGGCUGUUAAUGAAGUUGCCUGCCUGCCCGUCGAGUGCGUAUCUGUCUGAUUUACUAACUGAGCGGCGGUACUAAAGGAGAAAUAGGCGACGAGACGGCGUCCACCUCGAGAUUCUGCCUCUGAUGCUGCCUAAUUAAGCAACUUUACACUGGGAAAAAAUAUUAUAAAUAAAAAUCUAUGAUAAAGAGGAUUUAAAUCUGUUGAAUCAGCAGUGGUUUAAUUCGUGUAUCUUAUGGAUCUAUUUUUACAGACUUAGAUUGUUAAUUAGAUUAGUGAAUAUCUAGUCCCUCUAGUCCCUCUAUCCAUAAACUCAUCCCCACAUUUCGGCUGAGUGUAAGCUUUGCAUUACAAACUGAAUAGUCAUUAAGCCAGCGGGAGGGACAAUAGAAGACGAAGGUGUGCUGCAAUUGGAUAUGGCCAGCAUAUCGCUUACCACACAAUUGCGGCAAAGAUGCAUCGGCCCGUUCUCAAGGGGUUAAACCAUUAAAAUGCACUAAGACAAUAUUUUGUUAGGUCGCCGCACACACUUGAGCCCCAAACGGACCAUCAUCAAUGAUCAUCAACAGUGUUUGUUUAUCAAGUUGGUUUACUCUAGAUUUUGUCAUUUCAUCUUGGCCCGUGUGGAGAUUUCCCCAAGUGGUGAUCUCUUCUCUUUUAAACACUUUUUUAUUUUUUUUUUUGGCACCUAAUUGUGUUUACGUUUGCCCCUUGCUCCACACCAAAUUAACCCAUUGAGGACGCAUUUCAAUUAUGUUUAGAUAAACAACGGCAAUGGGAAUAUUCGUUGACAGUAAUAUUGCCCCAAGAAGUCUGUCAGAAAUGGAAAAUAAAAGGCCAACAUGAAGUAUCCCAGACCAGACCCAUUCCGCAUUUAUGCCUUUGUCUGAGCGCGUUGAAAAUUGUUUGGCUCGAUUCUCAUAAUACGAGACAACAAAAACGAGAAACCAAAACUUAAAAAAAAGAUUAAAAAAAACCAUUCAGUGUUCUUGUUCUCAUUCUUGUUGUUUUAACUUCUGUCUCUGUCACUCUUGUUUAAAAAAAGGUUUUUUUUCGAAUAUUUUCUGUUUUUGUGUUGUUUGGGUUUUUUUUUUUGGAUCCAUCGUGCAUUCAUUGUCUUGCACUAAUCGCCAUAAAAGAUCUCGCUUUUCAUCUCUUCUCGUGACGCUGCGUUGUUGAUCUUGAAAAUCUGCUGUAAAAAAAAGCCAAAACAACACCGAACAAAUCUCCGCUCGAACUCGAAAACCGAAUAGUAAACCGAAGCUGCUGAGGGUUUUCAAAUGAGUUUUGGUUACUUUGUCAGCUAAAUACAGUAAUUGCCUGAAAAGUGUUUUUUAUUCAGGACCAUAUAUAUUUUACAGUGAGAGAAAAAGCUAUAAUUAUAGACGCCAAGAUACAAAUGUAUCUCACGUUUUCAAUAUUUUUUAAUUAUGCCAAAAAAUAAAAAGUUCAAGAUGUUCCUCCAAGUGUCUACUACUCAUAUUUCAAUAUAUUUCGCUGGCAGAUUCCCAGCCCCUCGCAUAAGUGAUCCAUAAUUUAAUGAGCUUCAUUCAUCCAUUCAUUCAUGGAGCCCAGCCCGACCGAGUGAGAACUAGAGAAACAAGACUCCUUUUCUCGGGACGUCCAAAAAAAAAAAAAUACAAAAUAAAAUUGGAAUAAAAAAGAUGAAGGAGCCAGGAAAAAGGAGAAAAAAGGUCAUCUUAUCAUAAAUAAACUGACAUAAAAUCAAGAAUCAAAUUCAAAAGCAAAGACCAGAAAUCCGUGGCGACCAAAAGUACAUUGUAGGGAA